GGACAUUUGUAUUGGACUAACUGAUUACUCCUUUCUGUUUCACAUCUUAAAAACGCAGUGGUUAGCAACGCUGUUGAGGGCGUAUGGACUCGGUCGCCCGUAUCUCAGUGAGCAGCACCGUUAAUUCCUCUAGUCUGGAACGGAUUGUAGACGCAGUUAUCAUUUCAGUCUAUUUAGGCUCGCGAUUUUCCUUCGUUCCAUUUUUCAACUGAAGGCCUUUCACUGAAAAGUGGGUGUCUCCUCACUACUGGUGUUCAGACAGCGGCGAGUGCAGAAGUGUGUCCUCGAUGGCAGGGUGGAAGGACGGCUCGGUGCAGGAGAAGUAUCGACUGGUUGUGGUUGGAGGUGGUGGUGUCGGAAAGUCAGCCCUAACUAUACAAUUUAUCCAGUCCUACUUUGUCACUGACUAUGAUCCCACGAUUGAAGACUCGUAUACGAAGCAGUGUGUCAUUGACGAGAGGGCGGCCCGGCUUGACAUCCUGGACACGGCCGGACAGGAAGAGUUUGGAGCCAUGAGAGAACAAUACAUGAGGACAGGGGAGGGCUUCCUGCUUGUCUUCUCAGUCACUGACAGAGGAAGCUUUGAAGAAAUCUACAAAUUCCAAAGACAGAUCCUCAGAGUCAAAGACCGGGAUGAAUUUCCCAUGAUCCUUGUAGGCAAUAAAGCCGAUCUGGAGCUCCAGAGACAGGUGACCCAGGAGGAGGGCCAGCAGCUGGCCAGACAGCUCAAGGUGACGUAUAUGGAGGCCUCAGCCAAAAUCCGUAUGAAUGUAGACCAGGCUUUCCACGAGCUGGUUAGAGUAAUCAGGAAAUUCCAGGAACAGGAAUGCCCGCCCUCGCCAGAACCCACGCGGAAAGAAAAGGACAAGAGUGGCUGCCAUUGUGUGAUCGUCUGAGUGGGCCUUAUCACUGUCACUCACCCAGCUACUGUCACAAGUCCCCGCCUCCUGCCUGACAUGACAUCUUGUAUGGAUGACUGAGCGCUGCCUUCUCCACGUGCAUGACUUCAACAGAAGUUCCUGUGGUAGUUACCAGGAACUACUGCCCCCCCUGCCCCCGGACUUCACUUCUAGAAGAAACUGACAACGCCAAAUGUUUAAAAACACCACUUGACCUUCAACAAUAAUCCAAUUCAUAUGAGAAAGUCCUAACACUAAACAUUGCCUCUUAAAUCAGCUAAACAAUAUCAUUUUUUAUAUUCUGAAGGACUUUUUCUUGCCUUGUAGUGACAUUUGUACUUUUUGCCGAGAUUGAAUGAGAAAUAUAUAUAUGCAGAAUGUCAAUGAGAGGUUUACUAGUUACCAGUUUGUCAUCAGAAUAGAGAGGUGAUCUUAUGAAGCUCUGUGUAUGUCAAUGAGAGGUUUACUAGUUACCAGUUUGUCAUCAGAAUAGAGAGGUGAUCUUAUGAAGCUCUGUGAUGUCAAUGAGAGGUUUACUAGUUACCAGUUUGUCAUCAGAAUAGAGAGGUGAUCUUAUGAAGCUCUGUGAUGUCAUGCCAUAUCCGUUUUUACAUCCAUGUGCUCAUCCGCUACUGUACAUAAGUGACAUUUGAUGUGAUUUUGAAAGCGCAUUUGUAAUGACUUAUUAAAUCGCCACAGUACAGCGUGUAAGGUUGAUGAGUUUGGUUUGACUUCUAUGAACAUAACAUGUAUACAAGUAUGUACACUGUACAGUAUAAACCUAGAUAGCCCUAAAGUUAUUAUGACAACUUAACUUUCCAGCAUCGUCAGCGGAUCCAUUUCUAUGUCUAUGGAUUCUGCACUCAUCUCACUGGCCAAAUAUGGAAUGUUUACUGUAUUUUGUAUUGUAAGAUUCAUAGACUUUAGGCUUCUAAUAAUAUGAUAUCAAACCUGUUUUAUUUAUUUAGUUGUACAACUCUUCUCUGACUCUUACCUGUUGUUGUUGACUAGCUCAGAGUCAGGUUGGCCUAAUCAGAAUUAAACAUUUUAAACUCUUUAUAUUUUGUAUCUUUGCCAAGCAGUACAGAAGAGACCAUGGGUAGUAUUUAUGUACCUCACUGAUAAUGAUGAUGUUAAUAGCAGACCAGUUUCAGAAAUGUUCCUCUCUGACAUAUCUUUUCAAAUCAAUCCCUCUCAGUUGGAACAUUGAUUUUUGUACCAUCUAUUUGGCUCUCUUUUGGAACGUAGUUAUUACUUAAAGUAGACAGAGGUAUUGAGCUGUUGAAGCUCACUCAUAAACAAACUGUAACUUCAUUUCAAUGACAUGGUUGUUUGUUACACACUGCCUUCAAUUAUUCUUGGAGAUGUGUUCAUGUCCUCCAAGGUUAUUGGUGUGACUCUGGGCCAGUUUGGAGCUGUUGCCAUGACUCCCAUAGUCACAUGGAGGUUAUAUCACCUGACCUCUCACCUUUAAAGUUAACAUCAAGACAAUUCACACAUUCUGUUGUCUUGUCAUCCUUUUCAAUAUGAUCUGUAUUUCUGCUUAAUAGAAACCAAUGAACUAUUGUAGUGUUGUUAUAUCAUCAUGUAAUAUAAGACAAACAGAAACAUGAAAGUGAUUAUUUGAUGGACUUGAUUAAAUGUUUUUACUUGA